GCCGUCUGGCUUUACGGCAGUAGCGGGAUGAGCCUUUACGAGCUGUUCCGGGGGUUCUUCGGCUUCCCCCGGGGCCGCAGGCCCCGAGACCCCUUCUUUGGGGGCAUCACCCGGGAUGAGGAUGAGGACGACGAAUAUGACGAAGAUGGGGGCCCCUCAUUUGGGGUGCGCCCCAACGAGGACUUUGGGUUCAGCUUCGGCGGGAUGCACUUCCAUGACAACUUCGGCUUUGACGAGCUUUUCCGUGACUUUAACGAACUCUUCAAUGAGAUGGGGGCCUGGACCCUGCCCUGCCAGCCCUUUGAGCUUCCUGGCACUCAGCCUGCCCCACCUGCCUCGGGCCACCUGAGUGAGGAGCAGAAACGGCAGGCGCUGCGGGACUCGAUGCUCAGAUAUCCGGACAGUCACCAGCCCAGGAUCUCUGCAGAAGGCCCGGUCCCUGGGAGGGACUUGGGGGACAGUGCGGGCCUGGCAGCCCCAGGCGUGAGGCCUUGGCGGCCGUUUGCUGGGCUGGGAGAGAUGCAUCCGGCUCCCCCGAGUGCCAGGGAGGACAAAGAUCUGGAUUCCCGAGUCUCCUCGGAGGGGCUGGAGACCGUCCUGAGACCAGGCGAGCCAAAGGCCCACUCUUAUUUCCAGAGCGUGUCUGUUACCACGGUGACGGGGCCCGAUGGGACCGUGGAGGAGCGUCGGACGGUGCAGGACAGCCAGGGGCGCAGAGAGACCGUCGUCACCCGCCGCAGAGGGGAUCAGACCCUUGUCACCACCAUCCCGGAGGGCGGGCAGGGCGAGGACACCAUCCCGGAUGAUGGGGAGCUGGCGCAGUUUGUGGGUGACUGGCAGCAGAGGGGGGGGCUCCGCGCUCCAAACCUGGGCGACCCCUUCUCCUUCCUGGAGACCUUCUUCCGUGGCUGGUUCUCAAGCCGAUAGCCCUGGCCUCCCUCGGAGCAUCCCCGGGAGUCCCCGUCUGCUGCUGGGUGCAGGGGUGAGCACCAGGGGGCGCUCUCACUCCAGCUGCCCUGUAUUGCAGGCGUGUCCGAAGCCCAGCAGCGAAACCCAAGGCUACGCCAGGCCCUGGUGCCCUGUGCUGGACGGGCUGCCUGCUUUCCAGGGGGAUCACUGAGCUGCAGUCCCUUCCUGCCCCUGCAGAGGAAUAAAGUCUAUUUAU